GCCGGCCGUCUUUUUUUUUUCAAAUUGCACAUCAACUCCCGUGCUUGUUGUUGGUGCUGUCACCACACUCAAGACGGCACUAUCGUCGCGUCGUCCACGCUCCCCUACCGGUUUUCUUUCUUCGGUGUUCGUUUGCGAAGGCGAAACGAGGAGUUUUGUGAGCGACCACGCUCUGACUUUACAAGUGUCAAACACACGCACCCACACAAACAGGAACUGGAAGCGGCUGCACCGUCACACAACGCGUCUUUUAUUACUUGCUCAUUCUCACACAAUAUACUGCUGCUCCGUUGGGACACACACACACACACAAACACGCAAAAACGAUUUAGCAUCUUUCUCUGAUGAAAGGAAGAGCCGUCAAGACGAUCGCUUCGAUUGCAGAUGUCCGAGCAGCCGUCGCGCGCUUCUGCGACGCGCACCUCUCCCGCAAGCUCGACACCAAACCCGUCGCCGACGUCCAUCAAAAGGUUUCCACCUGCGUGCACGCGGUGGACGCGGCCAUGACGCCGUACAUCUUCGGCUCCACCGCCGUCUUGGGCGUGCACGAGCACGGUAGCGACGUGGACUUUGUAUGCCUCAGCCCGGCAGACGUCUCAGACGGCACCGGCGCGGAUGCCGUGUCGGAGGUCGCGAAAGGCUUACAGGCGGACUUCCUCAACCGCCUCAGUGAGGAGGUGAAGAGGGAGCACUUUUUGUGGGACAUCGAUCUGGUGCGCCGCACCCGUGUCCCCGUACUGCGGGUAAAGGGCGGGAUGGGCACCGACGGCGUGAGCUUCGAUGUGACGGCGAACCGCCGCAACGGCGUGCGCAACAGUGCGCUGCUCCGCUGCUACUUGACGCAGCACCCCGACACACGUUGGCUGAGCAUGCUGGUGAAGCAGUGGAGCAAAAAGACGGGCCUCAACGCUUCGGUGGAGGGUGGGUGUAUCACCUCCUACGGGUGGAACAUGAUGGUGGCGUACUAUCUUGUGCAGCGCAACAUGGCGAAGCUUGUACCCGUAGAGUCCUGCGACGUGGCCCAGAUAGCCCCUAUGCCGCCCUACCUGCCGUUGGAUGCACCGCAGCAAAAUGGGCAGGUGCUGGCGGAGAUGAUGCAGGAUUUCUUGCACUUUUACCUCCACGAGUUCAAGCCGGAGACAGAGGUGAUAAGCUUGAACCGACCGGCGGGGGAGACGACGAAGGAGAUGCUGUCGUGGACGAAGAACGCAGAGGAUAUGGCGCGCAUACGAGGCGAGAAGGUGCACUACCGGUGGUGCAUUGAAGACCCGUACGAGUACAACCUGAACGUCGGACGUAACGUGACGCCGUUCAAGGCGAUGCUUCUGCGCAAGCAUUUAGAGCGGGCUCAGGAGACGGGGCUGCUGCUUCUGACACCUGUUCCGGCGACCGCAAAGAACGCAGCCUGA